UUGUUUGAAAUCCACCCGGUUGGUCCAAUGCGAUGCCUUUCAAACACAGAUGAUCUUUAUUCGAAACCAUUACAACCGUAUAAUUGCUCCUGCUGCAUUAUUGUAGGGAGACAAAUCAAUUCAUCCGAUCAGUCAAGGCUGGAUUGAUUUUCUGUCGACCUCAAGAUUAUUUUUCUUCUUGUUUUGGGAUCUGUGCGUCUGGACUUGUCACGAGCAACCGGCGCAGCAAGUGUGGACUUAAAGUGGAGACUGGAGACGCACAUGUAUCCAGCUCCAGACGCACCGACCCUGCAGCACUCUGGAUAAAAGUUGUUGUUUUUGUUUGGGAUUUUUGUUUAAAGUAGGAGGGGAAGGAGCAAAACAACAUGUCGCUAAGCAGAAGUAUUGAAUUUGAACACUUUGAGGAACGAGAGAAGCCCCACCGGACACCGAAAACCAACUCUGGCUCCGGGUCCCAGUCUGGCUCCAGAGGCAACGGUCUGGUCCCCAGCCCGGCGCACAGUGCGCACUGUAGUUUCUACCGCACACGCACCCUGCAGUCCCUCACGUCCGAGAAAAAAGCCAAAAAAGUGCGUUUUUAUCGCAACGGAGACAGAUAUUUUAAAGGGUUGGUGUAUGCCGUGUCUCAUGACCGGUUCAGGUCUCUGGAUGCUCUGCUCAUGGAGCUCACAAGGUCCCUGUCGGACAACGUCAACCUUCCCCAAGGAGUCCGGACGUUAUACGCGAUGGAUGGAGGCAAGAGGAUCACCAGUCUGGAUGAGUUAGUGGAGGGUGAGAGUUACGUGUGUGCCUCAAAUGAACCCUUCCGACGUGUAGACUACACCAAGAACGUCAACCCCAACUGGGCAGUUGGGUGCAAGACCGGCACAUCACGCUCCCUCUCCUCUCUCUUCCCGCUGAAGAACGAGCUGCAGCGUGAGACCAAGGACUUCAUCAAACCCAAACUAGUCACAGUCAUCCGCAGCGGCGUCAAACCCCGCAAGGCUGUACGCAUUCUGCUCAAUAAGAAGACGGCACACUCCUUCGAUCAGGUGCUCACUGACAUCACGGACGCAAUAAAGUUGGACUCCGGAGCCGUGAGGAGACUGUACACUUUGGAGGGCAAGCAGAUUAUCUGCCUGCAGGACUUCUUCGGGGACGACGAUGUGUUUAUAGCGUGCGGCCUGGAGAAGUACCGCUAUUCUCAGGACGACUUUGUGUUGGAUCACAGUGGUAAGGCUUCCACAGCCUUUAUGACUGAAUGCAGAGUGCUAAAGACAUCGCACAGCCGCUCUGCUACUCCAAACCGGACAGCUAAGAGCCCCAGACCUUCGCGGCGCAGCAAGUCCCCUGGUGCAGCAAGACAACCUGUCCACUACUCCACCAGUCAGUCUCCAAUCAAAUCCCCAGUAAACGGUGUCUCAAGCAGCCAGAUCUCAACUCCUAAAUCCACCAAGUCCUCCACUCCGUCUCCCACCAGUCCCAGAACAAUCCCCAGUUUUAAGGUCCCUCCGUCAAAUUGCAUCUCAUCCUCAAAUGUAAAUGGGUCGUUGAACAACCAACAGGAGCAAAGUGAUCGACUGAGUCCAGAGGUUAAUGGAAACCGCUACCUGCCUGCCUCCACCAUCUUGGAAAAAUACAAGAUUGGCAAAGUCAUCGGCGAUGGCAACUUUGCUGUGGUCAAAGAGUGUGUUGAGCGGUCCACAGGGAAAGAGUUUGCACUGAAGAUCAUCGACAAGGCCAAGUGCACUGGAAAGGAGCACCUGAUAGAGAAUGAGGUUGCAGUGCUACGGAAGGUGAAACACCCCAACAUCAUCAUGUUGAUAGAGGAGGUGGACACUCCCUCUGAACUCUACCUGGUUAUGGAGCUUGUCAAGGGAGGGGAUUUAUUCGAUGCCAUCACCUCCUCGGCCAAAUACACAGAGAGAGACGCCAGUGUCAUGGUGUACAAUCUCGCUGGAGCUCUGAAGUACCUGCACAACACAAACAUCGUCCACAGAGACAUUAAACCAGAAAACUUGCUGGUGUUUGAAUAUCCAGAUGGCACCAAGUCAUUGAAACUUGGGGACUUUGGCCUGGCCACAGUGGUGGAAGGACCUCUGUAUACGGUGUGUGGAACUCCUACAUAUGUUGCUCCAGAAAUCAUCUCGGAGUCCGGUUAUGGGCUGAAGGUGGAUAUCUGGGCUGCAGGUGUCAUUACCUACAUCCUUCUGUGUGGCUUCCCUCCAUUUAGAAGUGAGAGUAACCUGCAAGAGGAUCUGUUUGACCAGAUCCUUCUAGGACGACUGGACUUUCCUAGUCCUUACUGGGACAACAUCACUGACUCAGCCAAGGGGCUGAUUGGAAAGAUGCUGCAGGUCAACGCUGAGGCUCGAUACACAGCACAAGACAUCCUCUACCACCCCUGGGUCACGGACGACACAGUCAUGGAGAACAACAUGAAGAUGGAGGUCACAGGUAAACUGAAGACGCACUUUAACACUGCACCCAAGCACAACAACACCACAGCUGGAGUGUCCAUCAUCAUGAGCACAGCUCUAGAUAAGAAGACCCUCAAGCUCUCCACCCUUCGUCGUCCAAAGCCCCAAACAGUGCCAUGUCCUCCCCCGUCGGCUGGCAAGAAAGUCCCAUCUACCCUUUCAGUCAAACCAGCCUCGCCGACGAAGUCAAGACCAGCUUCUCCAAACAAUCAGGCAUCACGAGCCAAAGAACCAAAACCCACCACGCUGGCAUCACCCUCCAAGACUGCUGUGCCUGAUGCUACAUCCACCUCUAAUGCUCCCUGCUCUCAUUCCCCAACUGACGAUGUUGAUUUCCCUCCUUCUGCUCCUGUAAGUUUGCCUCAUUUCUCCCCUUCACCCUCUGCUGAAACAUUCCCCAUCACCUCUUUGCCUGAUUCCUCCGAUCCUGAAAUAGAAACAUCGCCCAUCUCCGCUCCCUGCUUUACUUUGGAAACUCCCUCACCCUCUGACCCUCCCGCUAUUUUUACCUGCAACACUCCUUCUACACCCGAUUCGUGCCCUUCCCCGUCAUCUCCCACCAAACCAGCCUCUCUUCCUUCUUCCUCUCCCACCAAACCAGCCUCUCUUUCUCCCUCUUCUCCCACCAAACCAGCCUCUCUUUCUCCCUCUUCUCCCACCAAACCAGCCUCUCUUUCUCCCUCUUCUCCCACUAAACCAGCCUCUCUUUCUCCCCCCUUUCCUACCAAACCAGCCUCUCUUUCUCCCUCCUCUCCCACCAAACCAGCCCCUCUUUCUCCCCCCUCUCCUACCAAACCAGCCUCUCUUUCUCCCUCCUCUCCCACCAAACCAGCCCCUCUUUCUCCCACCAAGCAAAUUCCUUCCUCCUCUCCUACCAAAGAGGCAACAUCACCGUCUUUCUCUCCCACAAAACAAGCUUCCCCUUCCCCAGUCUCCCCCAUCAAACCUGUCAUAUUCCUCCCGUUCUGUUCCCCAACCAAACAAGAACCUCCCUUCCCAUCACCCAUCCAUCCGACCCUGUUUCCCUCUCCCCCCUCUACACCUCCCAGAUCCACAACCCCGCCCUCUCCCACUGGUUCUCCUUCUCCCAGCCCUCUACCCGCUGAAGAGCUAAUAGAGAAGAUUUAAGUGGCAAUAUUGUCGCCAAUUUCACCCCUCCUUCUCUUUACAUUUAUGUGUCAGAAAACAUUAGACAAGGAGGUUAAAACUCCAUCUUGAGCAUUUCCUAUAGCUGUAAACUGAGCCAGUGACUGCUGUGUCCAUAUUUUUGUCUCACUCUCAUCCCACUCAUUUUAAGAGACAGAGGAUACAAGUAAAUUUCAAAGAGUUUGUCGAUUGUAUAUAUGUUUGUAUUUAUUACUAGAGGAUGUGUAGAAAGGGAGUGAACUGAAUACAUCUUUGUUUUCUUUAGUAAUCCUUCAUUACUAUAUCUCGUUAAUGUGAAAUAUUUUAUUUAUUAUCCCAUUUUGACUACCUGUGGCUUUUUUGUAAAUAGUUAUUCAUUACUCACACACUAUUGUGAACUCCUACUGCUUUAGCAGAGACACUAGGUCAAUAAUACAUAAAAGUAUUUCAGCAUAUCAAACAUCUGAAUUUACAAGCCUAGCUACCUGUAAUCCAACUAUUACUACGAUCAGUAUUUUCUGUCACCACAGUCAUCCCUCAAGUUUACUGUUAAACUUCAUCUCUACUUGAAGAUUCUAUGCGUUUUAUGUACCUUAAAAUUAUGCCUGUAAAGGUGGUAAUUAGCAGAUCUGAUUAAGCUGACACAAACACCUGUUUACAUUAAAUUUAAAGUGUUCAUCCAAAUUACAAAGAAAACAUUUCCUCAGUAACCACUAGUGCAGUGGUUCCCAACCUCUAUGGCUUAAGACCCAAUACAAAAUAUGUUGUCUGCUUCAGACCCCUUGUUAAGAAUUCUUCUGCAUAGUGGCCAUUUUAACCAAAGAUUCUAAUUGUUUUAUUUAAAAACAUUUAAGGCCCUAAAGAUAUGGAAUUAUCCGUUAAUUUAAAAGCACAAAGUCAUCAGGAUAAACAUAAAUGGGGGAAAAAAAUUAUAAUAAACACAAUGUUUUGUAGCAGGAGUGUGUUUUUCCUUCUUUGCCCUCCUGUUAUUCAUCGCCCAUCCCCUCAGAUUUAUUUAUCUUGUGACCCCAAUGGGGGCCAGACCCCCAGGUUUGGAACCACUGCUCUUGUUAUUUAGCCAUGUAGAAACUUUGCUGAGGUUAUGAGAUAUCAUGGAGAUUUCUGUUGCCACCACAAAUCAAUGGAGGAAUUUAGUUUGUGGUGCUUUCACGAUUUUGUUUUUAUAAUUACAAUUUUAAAAAAUUGACAGGAGUGUGUCUAUUUUAUGUUUAUGUUUUAAAUUUAUUUUGUCAAAUUUUCUAUGAAAAUUGUCCGUGGUAAGAUUUGCAAAUGUUCCUGUACAACAGCACACUUUUUCUGAGAAGAAAGGACAUUUGGUAAUGCCAUUUUUCAAUGUUAUAACUGCAAACAAAAUUCCAUCCACCUACAUUGUAUUGGGACAGGAACAGUUAUUUCAGAUAAAACACAUCUCAUAGGUAUUUAGGCAAAUCAUUUUGUGCAACCACUGAAACUGACAUGCUGAUAGAUUAAUCCAAAUACUGUUUGUAUGAAUUAUUUGAUGUAAACACUGUAGAACAGAGUGUGAAGAACCUUAGUUGUCCACUUGAAACUUUAAGGUUUGUUUUUUCCUUUGUGUGUCUGAGCAGUUGAUGGCCCUCAAAGUCCUAGAUGACUGCUGUACAUAAAAAAUAAAGAAAAUUGAUGAAACCGAAAUGAAACCAAAUUGUAGGUUUGUUUCUAAAGAACUGGAAUUUUCAAAAAUGAACUGCUUUCUGCUAUGACUGCAGGACUGCACUGAAAAGAUUAUUACAUUAGCUCAGAAUACCGGUUGAUAUCAUUCCCACUUAAAAUGGUUUUUGAUCCUUUGGAUUUAUAUGAACGAUUGUGUUGUCAAGGUGACGGGUUUUUGUGCCUGACCACUAGCUAACAGCUCAUAACUUAAUGAUGCCUUUAUCAAAACCUGCUUGACUGAAAAAUGGGACUUGUGUUCGUCCUGGAAAGAAGUAAAGUAGUUUCUUGUUGUUUUUUACAAUUCCUGUCAUAAAUUCCACAGCAUUUAUCCCAGCUGUUUAAGGCUAACUCAACAUGCCUCUUUUCCUAUUCAGGACUUUCAGCUGCAUGCAUACUCCAUUCCACUUCCUGCCUUCCUGUUAGACAAAACCCUCCCACAUACUCAAAGUCGAUUGAUUAAAGUUGGUAAAUUAUAUAAUUGUGCUUCCUCUUAUGUAUAUUUAUUUAAAAGUAGACUUUGAUAUGCAGUUUGUAAAGGGAAUUUGUAUGGAAAGUCAGUUUUAAAACAGGUUUAUCGUCUGUGUCAAACUUAUGAUGCAUUGAGUGGCUGCUUUUAGUGUCCUACUGUUUAGA